GAGGAGUAGGCCUAAGAGUGAGUUUGUCCCGCAGAGAGCAGCCCCUCCCCCCGGCUAUAAGAGCCUCUGCCAGGUAUCAGUCAUACAGUCUGCAGAGAGCGCGAGGAGGGUCUCUCACAUUCAACAACACUCAUACCCCGGGUCUCCUGCAGCCGGUACCGGGAUGUCGGAUCCUCUCUGCUUCUGCUCUCGGUGAUCAAACGGAGGAUUUUGGCACCGGGACUUUUUAUUUUGUAUUAAACAUGACUUUCGCCACCAUGCUGCGGCCCAUGGCGUCACACUUACUUUACUCUGACGUCGUCACCUCUGAGGAGGAUGAGGAGGAGAACCAGAGCGACGGCGGCGGCUCGGAGCAGAGCUACUGCGGGAAAAGGAGCAGGAUUUCCCGCAGGCUGAGCGCCGAGAUGCCGGUGGUUGUGCAGCAGAGGAGCGCGGCGAACGCUCGGGAGCGCGGCCGGACGCAGAGCGUGAACUCCGCCUUCACUUCCCUGCGGAGCCUCAUCCCCACGGAGCCGGUGGACCGGAAGCUCUCCAAGAUCGAGACUCUGCGCCUGGCCUCCAGCUACAUCUCUCACCUGGCCAACGUGCUGCUGCUGGGGGACGGAGGCGCGGAGGGACAGCCGUGCCUGCAUGGGAAUGCGCCGAGAGAGAGCGGAGCGCUGCAGCCGCGCAGCAUCUGCACCUUCUGCCUGAGCAGCCAGAGGAAAGGGAUAAAGGACGGCAGAGAGUGUUUAAAGAUGAGAGGGCUCGCUGCGCUGAGAGUGAGACGCUGAGAGUGAGACGCUGAGAGUGAGACGCUGACAGUGAGACGCUGAGAGUGAGACGCUGACAGGAGAAUGAUUUAAAAACCUGAACAUCCUCAAAGACUUUCUCAGGGAAGAGUCACAUAACACACACACACUCACACUCACACACUCACACUCACACACUCACACUCACACUCACACUCACACUCACACACAUGCUGGAUCACACGAUGAAGAGACUAUUUAUACUUGAUUUAGAAAUGUGAGUUUCAGAGAUGCCGUGCAUUUGUUUGGAAACUUUUGUCUUUUUGUCCCCAAAGUUUUAAAUAAAAUA